CGGGGAACAUUAACUUCAGCACUGGAUGUCGAUAUUUAAGGCAUAAAAAAUGUUGAUUUCUCGGGCCUUGCCAGUUCUUCGUAAUACUCUUCUCAAAUCAAACACUAAAAAUAUCGCGAGGGUUCCCGUAAGAAACAGUGGUGGUGUUGGAGUCCGGUAUCGUAAUUCAACUCCAAUCCCUGAAAUCCCAAGCAUCGAGAGAGCUACAGAUGCUUGCUAUAUAAUCUUCUGGUGGUGGGUGUGCUACAAGUUUAUGACAAGUUACGAUCAUCUUAUUGGAGAAUAUCCGUAUCCUGAUCCGUUAGCAUGGACUGAUGAGGAACUAGGUGUUCCCCCAGAUGACUAUGAACCACCUAAUCGCAAUUAGAUCUAUAUUUAAACAAACCAAUUCAAAUAUAAAAAACUAGCUGUGCUUACUGUACAUAAACCAGUUUAAUGGAAUAAAUUUUUAAAAUCUGCUUA